AUGCGAGUAGACAGGGUAUAUCUUCAAGUAUUGCCGGUGGGUCCUCCAGCUCACCAGGAUCGGCAGAGUCAGCAGGUUGGAGUGGUCGGCGGGCCUAGAUGGCUCUUCUUGUAUUCCUUUCUGUGCUUGGGAACUUUCUUCUUUGGCGUAGAUCUAGCAGUUGACAACUGGUUGAGGGUGUCAGCAGGUAGUUGUGGUUUUCGUUGUACAGUCCGUGCUGACGAAGAGGCCAUACUCAGUUCGUUAUGUGGAAAGAACAGACUUGUAAUAUUCAUUUUGAUGAUGGUGCCGUGCCUGAUUGUCAUCGCUUAUCAAAAAGGCGUGAAUGACACGUUAGCUUUCGGUGUUCAACUUGUGCGUCCAUCAGUAAAACAGAAAGAGGUUGUUCAUACAGUUGAAUACAUUCUUGAUCAAAGAAUACAAAGGGUGCAAAGCGUUUGUGCACGUAUAGGUAUUGUGUCAAAUAAGACGUCAGAACUAUCUGGUGUACCGUCAGCAAAUUUGUCAUAUUGUGCUGUGCAAAAAGCCGGAUGUACUAUGUGGAUAAGAUUAUUCAAGUUUAUGGCAGGACAAAAAAGGGAAACAGGAAGUCCAAUGACAUUGACAAAAUAUUUGAUACAUAACCACGCUCCAGGCUUCUAUAAGACAUUCCGGCGUAUUGGCAACGAGGAAAGAUUAGCACAUUCCGUUCGAACAAUGACUGUUAGGAACCCCUACACACGAUUAUGGUCCGCUUAUAUUGAUAAGUUCUUACUACCGGAUUUUUGGUUUUCUAAAGGAAAGCACAUUAUAAGAAUGGUACGCAAAAAUCCUCAGACAUUUUCAAAAGAUUGUGGACAUGACGUUACAUUUCCAGAAUUCAUAGAAUAUGUGAUCACUAUAGGACAUAAGUUUGACUACUGGAAUCAGGACAAACAUUGGUUACCUGCAAGUGAUAUCUGUGAUCCAUGUGUAUUUAAGCCCAGUAUCAUUGGGAAACAGGAAACAUUCUUACAAGAUUUGAAGUACACCCUUAAAACCGUUCGACUAGAUUAUCUUUUACCUAAUAUAACAGCGAUAGAUCAUAUCGAAUAUGAAAUUAAAGAUGCAAUUGACUUCAACUUUAAAAUAUUUCCAAGGGUAAAGAACUGUAUAGAUACUUACGAAUUGUGCAAAAGAAUUUGGACAGCGUUUAUCUUGAACGGUUAUCUGCCAUCAGAAGAACCUUUCCCGACCAAUAUUUAUCACGACAGUUUGAACUCGGAGUCUUUUUAUGAACUUGUUAAAAGCGUACGAUCAAAGUAUAACACUUCACAUGCCAAUACAAAAGAAAGGCGUAAACAUGCUCUUACAACUGCAUAUAAACAGAUUAAUGAAACCAAGAUGAAUGAGUUAAAGAAGCUAUAUAAGAUGGACUUUGAACUAUUUGAUUAUAAAUCGGAGCUGGAAAUAAUGAAUUAAGAAUGAAAUGAUGAAAGGAUACAUUUUGAUAUCAAAUCAGAGAUGUGCAACAUUGGUGAAAAUAUAUCAUAGAAUACAAUACCAAUGCAAUACAAGUUCAAAUAAUCCCAAGUUAAAAGAAGUAGCGGAUAUAAAUAUAAAGGGGCAUAUAUCCAAAAAAUUUAAGUCACAUCUGACCUCAAUCAUGUUACGGGGGUAUUGUGAGGUCAGAUGUGUCAGAUUUAUUUAACUAAUUAUUUUCUUUUGAAAUAUAAACAACAUUAAUAUUUUUUUUCAAUUUCUGGCGUCCUUUGUUAAAUUUUAGGACUUUGAUACGUG